AUGUUAACUGUAUUUCAUUUAUUACAUUUGGGAAUAUUUUCCUUAGCCUUUCAAGCUGCUAAUCUCAGGAGCUCUGAGGUACUUUGCUUGUUUACUUAGCGUUAGCUGUCUGUAGUCAGACAUGCUGCUUUAUUUCCUAUCUGUAUUCCGACAAACCUCACUUCCUGUAAGAGGACCGGGUGGGCAGAACCUUGCCCUUCUGAGAUAUGAUUGGCUAGUUUUCGGCGGAGUGCCUGUGAGUGUGGAUUGCUAGCCAAUCGUAAUGUAGUAGGCGGGGUUUGUCGGAAUACAAGUGGGGAAUAUAAAACUGGGCAGACAUCACAGGGUGUGAUACAGCGGAAGUGAAAGAGGGAACAGCCCCCUCUGUGAGCAUGGCCUCGGAGCUCCACGACGCCAUCUUCAUAGCCAAACAGGAGCGCCACAAGAACCUGUUCCUCAACUACAGGAACCUGAACAUCUUUCCUGUGGAGCUCUUAAAAGAUGAAGGCUUGCAGUUCCUGGAAAGACUCUACAUGAAAAGAAACUCACUCACGACACUGCCUGAUAAUCUAGCACAGAAACUCCCCAACCUGAUCGAACUGUAUCUCCACUCUAACAACAUUGCCUUCAUUCCACAAGCUAUUGGGAACUUGGCGAGGCUGCAGUCGCUGGAUCUGAGUGAUAACGCCCUGCAGGUGAUCUGCCCCGAGAUCGGCCGCCUGCGCUCAUUACGCCACUUACGACUGUCCAACAACCAGCUGAAAUGCCUCCCACAAGAGCUGGGGGAUUUGAAGGAGCUGGAGACUUUGGACGUGUCCAUGAAUCUGUUAAGGACUCUCCCGGAGCAGCUCCACCAGUGUGUGUCUCUGCAGUGUCUGACCGCUGACCGGAACCUCCUGCAGUGCUUCCCUCGUCAGCUGUGUCAGCUACCAGACCUCAACGAGCUCUCCAUGGCUGCAAACUGCCUCAGAUCACUGCCUCUGGAUCUCGGUCGCUCCAUGGAGCUGCAGUUCGUCUUUGUGGACAACAACGUUCACCUCAAGGGCCUGCCUUCUUACCUGUAUAACAAGGUCAUCGGCUGCAACGGGUGUGGCGUUUCUCCACAAGUCUCUGAAGUGACACAGCUGUCCCUGACCAUCGGAGAUCUGAACGUGCCUCUGCCCUCGGAAGUGAAGGCUAUCGGCACUGAGGCUGACCGUGUGCUGACAUUAGAGGAGAUGGCAAUGAGAACACUGCAUGUAGCGUACAGCAGGAACAGGAAGGACUCUGCGUUCUUGCCGACGUUCCUGCUGCCCACCAGCCUGUUAGAGCUGUUCCACUGUCCACUGGGUCACUGCCAUCGCUGCAGUCAGCCCAUGUUCACCAUCGUCUAUCCCAAACUCUUCCCCCUCAGAGACACUGCACUGGCUGGAGUGCACAGGAGAACGACGGUGAGUUUUGUAGCGUACUGCUGCUCCAGCCAGUGUUUGCAGAUGUUUGACCUGCAGGGUUGAUAUCACUAUUUCAUCCAUCAUGGUGCUGUCGUCAGGAUGUGCCAGGAGAAUGUUGUGAUAUCUUGCAUUGAUCUUGAGCUACAGACUAACAGUGGACACCGUGAUCUUCCUGAUAACAUCCGAGGCAGUAAAAGUUUUGGCACCCAUUCAAAGUUUGUACUUAUGAGCUCCUUUCAAUAGUCAACAUUGGCACUUUCUAUCAAAAUAAGAAUAGUUUCAUUUUAUGAAGUGUUUUUUAACUGGUUCUAGUACCUUUAGUACAAGAGUGACUCUAGUCACUCUUGAGUACCUUUCACCUUCGUCAGAUAUUCCCCAAACCUAUAGAAGGAUGAGAAAUAUUUUUGAAUACAGCCAAAAUCCAUAUUUGAUGCAAGUGUCCUGAUGAUUUUCAGAAAUGUGUUAUUCAAGUAUUUAUUCUUAGAAGGACUGAUCUCCAUUUUGGAGAUUUUCUGUGUGAAAUUUUUGGACUGUGAAUUUUAUGACUGUUCUAGACCCAGUGAAGCACUACAGAAUGUUCAAAACAGAUCAUGUACAUGCUGUUAAAGGAAUACUGAAGAAUCAGUUUUACACAGUUUCACCCGUACCCCAGUGUAGAUGAUCAACCAAGAUGUUUGGUGUCUGUUGUUUUUUUUUUAAGCCUUGCCCUGGCUAAUAUUGCUAACAAGUAAUUUAAAGGGGAAUUGUAGUUCCAAUGAAUUCUAAGGAAGCAAAUAACGGAUACCAAAAACCUUGACCGAUCAUGUAUUGGAUCGAUGGUCGAUUGGAUUUUUUUUUGCUAAACCACUCCUUUAAUGCAUCGUGAGGUCCUCUAAUAAAUACAUUAUUUGUGGCCACAACCACAAUCUGCAUUCGUAUCUGCAUCCAAAGCCAUUCAGGAGUUUGUAUGGCUUGUCAUUGAUUUUUCCCACUAAAUCUUUCUACAUGUACAUCUGACUGAAAUGAAAUGACAUUCGUCAUUAUUUAUAGACGAAACGCCAUGUUUCCAUUAAUGUCUAGAAUGUUUGUAUAUUGAAGUGUUUUAAACGAUACAAUAUUUAUUGAAUUCAUUAAAUGCUUUAGACCAUUGUAACAUCAUAACACUGAAAAGUUAAUUGAAAGUUGCAUUUGGCUACAGAUUUCUGUAACUACAAUUUACUCUGCUCAUUAUGUUUAUAUGGGUUUCUGUAGAGGCUUGCUUAUUCCCAGCAGGAAUUUUAUUUAAGGAAUUAAGUAAUGUGUGGACAUGUUGAUGACUUUUAUUACCUACAGGUACAAAAUGACCCAGUUUUUUUUUAAUCACUUACGUGGUGUUGUCUCGUCCUGUAACAUACCUGUUGUAAACUCAUGACGAGCUUGUAAAUCAGCUGAUGAGAUAGGGCUGGUGUGUUAGAAGGAAAAACUCCAGGACCAAGAUAAGGAA